AUGUCUACAGCAGAAGCAAAGACAAGUAUCAAUGUUGAAUUGGAAGCACUUGGCUCAGGAUCGCCGGAGUACUUUCAUGAUGAAACUGAAAAACUAAGAGUGCAGUUUAGUACGUUCUCUUUGAUCAGCGUAGGUUUUUCAGUUACGGCCACAUGGGCUGGUUAUGGCUCCUCCGUUGCUGCCAGUUUCAUUUACGGUGGUGCACCAGCUGUUGUAUGGACCUUGCCUGUUGCUGCAAUCUACCUCACUCUUGUUGCGAUUGGUAUGGCUGAGCUUGCAUCAGCAUAUCCUUCUACUGGUGGCCAAUAUCACUGGGUUUAUAUGGUUGCGCCAGACAAUUGUAAAGUUUUCCUAUCAUUUUUCUGUGGCUGGUCAUUAACAGUCGCAUCAUGGUUUGCUGCAUGCUCUUUGUGUCAGGCUUGUGCUGGCUUUGUCUUCAACAUGGCUUCGAUGAAAAAUCCUGAUUUUGUUGCCACGGAAUGGCAACUGUAUCUCCUGUACCUUCUAUUCUAUGUGGCGUGCACUUCAGUCAACGUGUUUGCUUCUAAAUGGCUUGCACAGGUAAACAACUUGAUCAUGAUGGUUUCAGUUAUUGGUUUGAUUGUGUCAGGUUUGUCAAUGUUAAUCUGUCACAAAGCGGGAUUUAGAUCAAACUCUUUCGUUUGGACUGAUUAUACGAACUCAACGGGGUGGAGUUCUAAUGGUCUAACGUUUCUUCUUGGAGUUGCUAAUGCAUGCUUCGGUUUGUUGGGAGCAGACGGUGCUUCUCAUUUGACAGAUGAAAUAGAUUUACCAGGCAGAAAGGUUCCUCUUGCUAUGAUUCUUCCACCAAUCCUUGGUUUCCUCACUGGUUGGCCUUUCUCGAUCGUCGUUGCUUACUGCGCGAAAGAUCUUGAAUCCGUCAUGACAUCAUCCUUCCCAAUUGUGGAAGUUUACUAUUCUGCAACCGGAAGCAUUGGCCUCACAAUUUUCUGUACCUUCCUUAUUAUGGUCACAAUGUUUGGUGGUGCUAUCGGCUCUCAAGAAGUGAACUCAAGAUCUAGUGCCGCUCUGGCAAGAGAUGGAGGUAUGCCUUUUCCAAACUUUUUUGGAAAAAUUGACACUAAGUGGAGGGUUCCAAUUAAUGCAAUGCUCCUGCAAGGUGCCUUUGUUUUCCUGUACGGCCUAGCCCAGUUGGGAUCGUCGGCCGCUUUCGUUGCUGCGGUGAACUCUCUCUCUCUCUUCUGCAUGGUCUCAUACACUCUCCCGCAAGCAACACUACUAGUAAGAGGGAGAAGCAUCCUUCCACCAAGAUAUCUUGAUCUUGGGUACUACUUCGGCCAUUUCGUGAACAUCUCGUCAGUCCUGCUUACUCUGUUGUUUGGGGUGAUCUUUUGUUAUCCAACGUACAAAGACAUUACUCUUCCAAACAUGAACUGGGUCUCUGUUACCUGUGUCGGUAUAGCUAUUAUACUGGUAUUUGGUUGGUUUUGUGGACUCAGAAAAACAUAUCAGGGGCCAGCAAUGAAUUUUGGAAAAAUCAACAGACUUCGUGAGGAAGCGCUUGUCAAAUGA